ACAAAAUCCAAAACAAAGCUGAUGGUGCACGUGUUCUUGAGCGUUUUGAGAGUUGUUUAAAAAAGUUAUAUCAAAAGAUUUGUUAGAACAAUAGAAAAACAAAACAAUAAAAAUUCUCGAUCUUCUGUGAUGGACGCCGAUACACCAAACAUCCCUGAACAAAGCGUAGUGUCCGAGAACGACAACAAAAUGCCCGAACAGAUGAAUACAGAUGGAUCGGGUAUUGAAACCGUUACUAGAUCCGAUAUGGACUCUUCAGAACCGACAUUGAGCGAUAAACAGGAACCAAUAGAAAAAAAUGUGGAAGAGACCAUUGUGCAGAAGCCUUCCGAUUUCCCCAUGAUUCCACGGGCGACUGUAGCAUCUGAAAAACCGAUAUCAUACCAAGCACAGAUCGCAAGCGAGCAAGCGGUUGAAACGAGAGCCAUUAUUCAAAUAGCAAAUAGCUCCCUGUCGCUUCUUUCGCAGUAUAGCAGUUCAGAGUCCGAUUGUAAUAUAACGGAUUCCGAAGAUGAACAACCCCGACCGAAUCUGGCUGUUCCAAAUCAACUGCAAAACAGGGCUGUUUCCUCAUCGGAUGACGAUAGCUCUGACGACGAUGAUGUGGUUAUCUCGAACGUUGUUCCUGCUACCAGUAAUUCCAUGCAUCGUGGAACGGAUGUUCCAAUCACGAUAAGCGAUGCAGAAAGUAGCUCAGAUGAGCAUGCCGAUGAGCCCGACUACGAAAUGUCGUCGGAGGAAGAUGCACCGGCAGUUCCGAUUGUUCCUAAGCCUACCGAAGAAAUAUUCACGCACGAACUUCCACCGAUUGAGGAUUUGCAAAUUUCGGUAUCAGCAACACAAUGUAAGCAGAUUGGCCAGAUUCAAUCAAUUGUAGCGCAGAUUGUCAUCGUUCAAUCGUACGGUGGCGUGGAACUGCUCAAUCUCGAAACGGUUUUGUUUUUGGAGCAAGGCAAACGUUGUUUGGGCAAGAUUUUCGAUGUCAUCGGUCAGGUUCAGGCCCCCAUGUAUUGUGUGCUAUUCAAUACACGUCAGGAGGUUCUUAGCAAAGGAAUAUCGGUCGGUGCUCCUGUCUAUUGCGCCCCACAAACCGAACAUACAUCUUUCAUAAUCCUUUCCGAUUUGGUUAAGGACAAAGGUUCCGAUGCCAGUUGGAAACACGAUGGUGAAUGUCCCGAGCAUGCUCUGGAUUACUCAGAUGAUGAACAAGAACGGGCAGCAAGGCGACAGCGCCGAAACCGCACCAUUUCUCAGUCUUCAGAUCCUCCAAUUCAACAACCACAGCAACAUCCUUAUCCGAUGCACCGCCCUAGAGGCCGGGGUCGAGGAGUCCCACAGCGGCGUUAUAACGAUCACAGCUGGCACCACCGCAUAACACAGGCUACCCAAAUUCCACCUCCCCAGCAGCGAGUUAUCAAUCCGUUCGCAAUAGCAGCUGCUGCUAGUCAACCGCCACCACCACCCCCACCACCGGGUGGAUAUUAUUGAAUGUAUGGAACCCUGUUCAAGGUUCAGCUUUCCUCUAAGAACAAGAAUUAACUUGUUUAUCUGUUUUAAAUAUAAGUUUGGAAUUGGAAAUUAAGUUUGAAAUCUGUGAAAUACAUUAUGCUACAACCCUAUUCACUUGUCAUUUGA